GGUCGGGGCAGGUAGCCAAUCCGAGCAGCCGCCCUCCGGCUCGCAUGUUCUGCGCCUGCGCGGGGGCGCCGGGGCUUCCCGGGGCAGCGGAAAGAAGGCGGCCAUGGCGGCUCCUGCGCGGGUGCGCUUUGCUCCCAGCCCGACCGGGUUUCUCCACCUGGGCGGCCUGCGGACAGCCUUGUAUAACUACCUUUUUGCCAAAAAGCACCAAGGCCGUUUUGUCUUGAGAGUGGAGGACACCGACCAGAGCCGGCUGGUGCCAGGAGCUGCAGAAGGCAUAGAAGAGGCACUGGAGUGGGCCGGCAUUCCACCUGACGAGAGCCCUCGCCGAGGGGGUCCUGCUGCCCCUUAUCAUCAGUCUGAGCGCCUGGGUCUCUACAGAGAAGCCACAGAAUUGCUCCUUAAGAAGGGCGCUGCCUACCACUGCUUCUGCACGCCCCAGCGUCUGGAACUGCUGAAGAAGGAAGCGCUACGCCGCCGGGAGACGCCUCGGUAUGACAACCGAUGCCGGCAUUUGAGUGCCAAACAGGUGGCUGAGAAGCUGUCUCAGGGCACCGACUACGUGGUGCGUUUUCGCCUAGAGAAGAGCUUGGAGCCUUUUUGUGACCUGGUCUACGGCUGGAGCAAGCACGAUGUAGCGACUGUGGAGGGAGAUCCCGUGAUCCUGAAGAGCGACGGCUUCCCGACCUACCACCUGGCGAACGUGGUCGAUGACCACCUCAUGCAGAUCAGCCACGUUCUGCGUGGGGUGGAGUGGCUCAUCUCCACCUCCAAGCACCUCCUCCUCUACAGGGCCUUUGAAUGGGACCCGCCUCGCUUCGGCCAUUUCCCUUUGCUCCUGAACAAAGACGGCAGCAAGCUGUCCAAGAGGCAGGGGGACAUUUUUGUCGAGCAGUUUGCUCAGGACGGCUUCUUGCCCGAGGCCCUGCUGGACCUGAUAACAAACUGCGGCUCGGGAUUUGCAGAGAACCGGAUGGGGAGGACACUGGAGGAGCUGGUGGAGGAGUUUGAUGCAGGCAGACUGGAGAGGCACUCAGCUCUGCUGGACCUUCAGAAGCUUUCUGAGUUCAACAGGCUCCACCUCUCCCGGCGGAUCAGGGACGAGAGCUUGCGGCCAGAUCUUGUGGCAGAGCUGCAGGCUUCUGUGGAGCAGGCCUAUGGCGGCCAGCUGGUGGACCGGGGGGUUCUCGAGAAGAGCUACGUGGAGCAGGUGCUCUUGCUGAGACAGGGCCACGUCAGGCGUCUGAAGGACUUGGUGUCGCCCAGUUAUUCCUUCCUGUGGAUCCGGCCCUCUGUGCCGCCCGAGGAGCUACAAGCCAUGUCAGCCCAGGCGGAGGAGAUCGGAAGGCGGGUCCUCAGGCUGCUGGAGGGUCGGGCGUCGGUCCCGAGCCCCGAAGAGCUGAACGGUGACUUGAGGCAGCUGCAUGCGCAAAUCGGAGGCACCCAGUACAGCCGCAUGAUGAAGCUCCUGCGCCUGGCGCUCAGUGGGCAGCAGGAGGGGCCCAGCGUGGCGGAAAUCAUGGUGUCGUUGGGAUUCCAAGAGGCCUCUGCGCGGAUACGAAGGGCGCUCUGUUGUUGACCAGCUUUUGAGGAGGAAGGAGAGAAGCCACAAUGAGCAAUGGGGGCAGCACCUGGUCCAGAGAGAUCACACCGUUAUGUCGGCUGUUUCCAAACGGAACUGCAACGGAGCGUGUGUGGAGGCCUCCAGAAAGCCUGCAAACGCCCAGUGUGGAAAAGAAGGCACCAGAGAGAGAGAGAGAGAGAGAGCACUGCUUUUGGGAAGCAGGGGGUGGCUUCGGAGACUGGCAGACACUUGCCAAGGGUGGCAUCUACUGCUUUGAGGAUUGCGCAAGACGGUGUUAAUAAAGAAAGGGAACGGCUGCCUUGAUCUACAGAGCCAGUGCAGGUGGUUUCCCUGCAGCUGUGCGGCCACCGUGGUAUCAUGGGGCAUUUAUUUUGGCAUCCGGAUAUUAAUAGGCCAUGGCGGUCUCUGAAUGGCAGGUCCUUUGGGAGGUGCUCCAGGAGGCAGCUGGGAGCCAAGGGGACCUUUGGGGAGGGAGCCCUGUCAUCUUCCUGCCUGAGGUGGAGGGAGCAGAACCCCCUGCAGGCGGCAGGUGUGGCUGUCCGGGGAUGGGGGGGGCAGCGCCUUCUGUCCUGAAAGGGGGAGAGGCAGGAGGCGACCAGCCUGUCGGGGAGGACCCUGCUUCUCUGGACCCCUCCUCAUCUGUCUGUGUGGCUGUUCCUUCCCUUAAGAAAAUGUAGUGGGGGGGGGGAGCCUGUCCCGUCUUUGCAAGCAUUCCUUUGCUCCCUUGAUGACACGUCCCAGAAGUUGACUUUUCUGGACUGCCAGGCUGACAGCAAAUGAGCUGAUAUUGGGGGUCCACACCGUGGCCAGGAGCUUCUAAUAAAUGGCUGCUUU